AUGACCGCGGCAGGUGUUUUUGUGCUCCUCUCCUUUGCGCUUUGCUGCGUCCCAGAUACUACCUUCGCGGUUGAGGUGGACUGCAGUACAUAUCCCAACACUACAAAUGAGGAGGGCAAAGAGGUGUUGGUCUGCAGCGAGGCCGUCAGCCCCAUCUGCGGUUCCGAUGGAGUCACCUACGGCAACGAGUGCCUGCUCUGUGCCUACAACCUAGAAUAUGGAACCAAUGUCAGCAAAGACUACGAUGGAGAAUGCAAGGAAAUUGUCCCUGUGGACUGCAGUAGGUAUCCCAACAUGACAAGUGAGGAAGGCAAAGUGGGGUUGCUCUGCAACAAAGACAUCAACCCUGUCUGCGGUACCGACUGGGUCACCUAUGACAACGAGUGCCUGCUCUGUGCCCGUAGCCUAGAGUCUGGAACCAGUGUUGGCAAGAAGAACGAUGGUGAAUGUAAGAAGGAAAUUGUUUCAGUUGACUGCAGUGAUUACCCUAAACCUGCCUGCUCACUUGACUACAUGCCUCUCUGUGGCUCUGACAACACAACAUACAGCAAUAAGUGUAACUUCUGCAACGCAGUCGUGGACAGCAAUGGGACUCUCACUUUAAGCCAUUUUGGAAAAUGCUGAGUAUCAGUGAUGAGAGAAUUCACCACAGGAUCCCCACUGGCAAAUCCCAGCUAAAGAGCUCACCUCAGUUCAUCUCACCCUCUGGGGAACUCAGCUCAUUUCUGAUUUUCUUUCUCAAUAAACUAAAUCAGCAACA